AUGACAUCAAUUUCAAUUUCAAGUGAUAAAUGGCAAACCGCAGAUGUGGAAGUCAUGGAUGGAGACUUCGAUGAUGACAUGCUUCAAUUUUUGGGCUCAUUCGAAGAAGUACUUCCGGAGACUGUCGAUAAAGUGUCGGAGAGGAAGCUGAAGAAAACAUCGAAGAAGCAAAAGAAAAAAGAAGAGAAUACGGUGGGCAGCAAGAACCCCGAGAAUGAAGAGAAAUCCAUCGAAGAACGUCGUCUUGCGAAGAAGUUGAAGCGGAAAGAGCAAAUGGCAGCGAACAGAAAGCAGAGAAAAGAGAGAUUAGCACGCAGGAAAGAGCAAAAAGAACUUGAGAAGGGACAGGAAUCCAUGGAAACACCUAUAGAAAAUGGGAAGAAAAAAAGGAAAGGCGGAGAGAUUCAAGAGAACAACGAUAAGAAGAAGAAGGCGAAGAAAGAAACGGAUGUUUCAGCAUGGAAACAGUUCUAUUUUCUGCCGAAUGAGAUUCUCGAAGCUAUUGAGCAAAUGGGAUUCUCCCAGCCUACGGAAAUUCAAUCGGCUGUUCUCCCAAUUGCUGUUCGCGAUCGACAAGACGUUCUCGGUGCGGCUGAAACGGGAAGUGGAAAAACGCUGGCGUUUGGAAUUCCACUAGUAUCACGUCUUCUAGAAGCGCUAUCCAACAAGGAGGAAGAGGAACCACCGAAAGGACCUCGUGCCCUUAUCGUCGCUCCAACUCGUGAGCUUGUCAUUCAAAUCAUGCGGCACAUCAAUUCACUUAUUGCGACAACUCCAUUGAAAGCCGUUUCGAUUGUUGGAGGACUUGCUCAAGUCAAACAAGAGCGUGUGAUCUCUCAGCAAAACCCGGAUAUUGUGGUAGCGACUCCAGGACGUUUAUGGGCAAUGAUCCAGGUAUCGGUAUCGGGUAUAUUCCAGUAUAGCCCCCCGAAACAUUCCAAUAUAACCCCCGGGCAUAAAUGUUGGAAUACACCCCCACCCACCAUUUUUCAUAAGGUGGGGGGGGGGGUUCAAAAAAUGUUUUUCCUGAUUUUUUGCCUGAAGAUCAAACGUACGCAGCCAAAUUACGCAUAG